AUGAAGAGGCAGUGGAGCCACCCGUCGGUCGUGCUCCCGCUGCUGAUCGCCGUCUUCCUGCUCCUCACGUUCCGGUGCUCCCUGCGCCAGCACGCGCAGCAGGCUUCCACCAGCCACCGCGCCGCCGCCGCCGCCGACGACGACGCGGGAAGAAGCUACGUCGUCGUCGACGCCAAGAUCGCGGAGCUGGCGGCCGUGGACCCGGCCGCGUCGGCGGUGCUGCGGGCCGCCGAGACGCUGCUGGAGCGGAACCUGACGUGGGCGAGGGCUCCCCCGGAGCGCCGGGACGCCGCGGUGCGCGGCCUCCGCGACUGGCUCGGCAGGCAGCGGUUCGAUCCCCACGUGAUGGCCGAGCUCCUGGACCUCAUCAAGCGUCCCAUCGACCGGUACGCCGCCGGCGGCGGGGAGAGGGACGAGCACGACGACGACGUGGACAUGCGGCCGUACGCGUCGUGCGCCGUGGUCGGCAACAGCGGCAUCCUGCUGGCGCGGGAGCACGGCGCGCUCAUCGACAGCCACGACCUGGUGAUCCGGCUCAACAACGCGCCCGCGGGCGGCGGCGAGGGCAGACUCGCGCUCGCGCGCCACGUCGGCGCCAGGACCGGCCUUGCGUUCCUCAACGGCAACGUGCUGAGACUGAGCGGGUGCGCGGGCACGCCGCGCCUGGCCAGCGCCGGCUGCCGGUACUGCCGCCGCGCCUACGGCGACGGCGUGCCCAUCCUCACCUACAUGUGCAACGCCGCGCGCUUCGUGGAGCACGCGGUGUGCAGCGCCGACGCCGCCAAAGCGCCGGUGAUCGUGACGGACCCGCGGCUGGACGCGCUGUGCGCGCGCCUCGUCAAGUACUACUCGCUGCGCCGGUUCGUGCGCGAGACGGGGCGGCCCGCGGAGGAGUGGGGCACGCGGCACGAGGCGGGCAUGUUCCACUACUCCUCGGGGAUGCAGGCCGUGGUGACCGCGGCGGGCGUGUGCGGGCGGGUGUCCGUGUUCGGGUUCGGCAAGGAACCCGGCGCGCGGCACCACUACCACACGCUGCAGCGGGGGGAGCUGGACCUGCACGACUACGAGGCCGAGUACGAGUUCUACCGGGACCUCGAGGAGCGGCCGGAGGCGAUACCCUUCCUGCGGGACUCCGGCUUCUAG